AUGCCAGAGCCCAGGACACUGUCUGCCUGCUUCGGGGAACUUGAAGUACUGAUUGUGGGCACUGUGCUGCUGGUAGAAGCACUCUCUGGGCUCAGCCUCAAUGGCCUGACCAUCCUCUCUUUCUACAAGUUCCCAGAGCUGAGGACUCCCAGUCACCUGCUGGUGUUGAGUUUGGCCCUGGCAGACAGUGGGAUCAGCCUGAAUGCCCUUGUUGCAGCCGUGUCCAGCCUCUGCCGGUGCUGGCCCUAUGGAUCAGAUGGCUGCCAGGCACACGGCUUCCAGGGCUUCUUGAUGGCUCUGGCCAGCAUUUGCAGCUGUGCAGCCAUUGCUUGGGAGCGCUACCACCAUUACUGCACCCGAAGUAGGCUGGCCUGGAGCUCAGCCAGUGCCCUGGUGCUUUUUGUGUGGCUGUCUUCUGCCUUCUGGGCAGCUCUUCCCCUACUGGGCUGGGGACGCUAUGACUAUGAGCCACUGGGAACGUGCUGCACCCUGGACUACUCUAGAGGGGACAGAAACUUCACCAGCUAUCUCUUCACCAUGGCCUUUUUCAACUUUAUCCUGCCCCUCUUCAUCACACUCACUUCCUACUGGCUCAUGGAGCAAAAACUCAAGAGGAGUGGCACUCUCCAGGUGAACACCACUCUGCCAGCCAGGAUUCUGCUGCUGGGCUGGGGUCCUUAUGCCUUCCUGUACCUGUAUGCAGCCUCCACAGAUGUGACCUCCAUCUCCCCCAGACUGCAGAUGGUGCCUGCCCUCAUUGCCAAAGCAGUGCCCAUCAUUAAUGCCUGCCACUACGCCCUGGGGAUAGAGGUGGUCCACAGGGGGAUAUGGCAGUGCCUCUCUUGGCAGAGGAGAGAGGGUCUGCCCAGCACACGGGACCAAACCCAAUGA